AUGAUAUCGGUAAGAUUCUAUGGAACAAGAACAUAUCUUAUAGACAAAAGUCUUAUACCAGUAGUUUUGUUCUGGAUUGACCCAGUUGUUGGAUAUAAUUUCAUAACUUAUGGUUCAUUCGAUACGGAACGUUGCAGUGAAGGCUUACUUUACAUCGUUCAGAAACCGAAGGACUUCAAUACAAAGAGAUAUAAGAUAGGAAGAACAUUUAAUAUAACUCAAAGAUAUGACAGUAUAGUCAAUAGAGUUAAGGUUGUGUUUGUUAACGAUAUGAGAGCUGCUGAAACAGAACUACUUGAAAAGUUUGAGAAAAUGUAUGGUGCUCCCAUAAAAGGUAAAGAAACGUUUGAAGUAGAUGAGAUAGAUAAAGCUAUAAAAGUAUUUGACGAAGUUGCUGAAAAAAUACAUGUAA